AUGGACUGUUCCCAGGUGGUGCACUGUUUGAGAGAGGACUGGAAAGGCAAGCUCCGCCAAAAUACGGCUACCUUCGUGCCCCUCUUCAUCUGUGGAGUGUGUUCAUUGCUUUUAGCAGCUGCACUCUAUGUUUUAGAAGUUUUUAAGCAAUCAGCUUUAAAUUUGCCUCCUGGUCCAUUUCCUUUUCCCAUCAUUGGCAACCUGCAUUUGCUGGACAUCAGAAGGCAAGACAAGUCACUAAUGAAGAUUUCAGAGAAACAUGGCCCCGUUUUCACCGUCCAGCUGGGGCUUCAGAAGGUGGUGGUGCUGACUGGCUACGAGACAGUAAAGAAUGCUUUUCUGAACACGGGGGAUGUGUUUGCAGACAGACCACCUAUACCCAUGCUCUGUCACAUCCAACAUGGAAACAGUGUGUUCUGUUCUUCUCAAGAGCUCUGGAAGACAACGCAGCAGUUCACCAUAGCCACCAUGCAGGAUCUUGGCAUGGGGAAGCAUCUUGGAGAAGAAAGGAUGCUUGAGGAGCUUCGCUUUCUCACCAAGUUGAUCAAAUCCUUUGAAGGUGGACCUUUCCAAUUACAGUUUUUGAAUAUGGCUUCCAGCAACAUCACCUUUGCAUUUCUCUUUGGGAGAAGGUUUGAUUAUGAAGACCCAACAUUUCUCACCCUGUUAAGACUCAUAGAUGAAGUUAUGCACCUUCUUGGCUCUCCAUCCUUGCAUUUAUUUAAUUUCUACCCAUUCCUUGGAUUUCUCCUCAAACCUCACAAGAUGAUACUGAAAAAAGUAGGAGAGGUGUGUGUGGUCUUAGAGAAGUGCAUCAAGGAAAGCAAAGAAAGCAUUAAUGAGAACAACCUGAAGAGCUACAUUGAUGCACUGGUAUUCAAACAAGAGGAGCUGAACAAAAGCAAUACACUUUUUCAUGAUGAGAAUGUAUUGGCCUCUGCACUCGACCUGUGCAUGGCUGGCACUAAGACGACGUCCACAACGCUGCAAUGGGUCAUCCUGCUGCUGCUGAAGUACCCCAAGAUUCAGAAAAAGGUGCACACAGAGAUUGAGUGAGUUCUUGGCCCUAGCUGCUUGCCUACCUUUGAGGACGGGAAAAACAUGCCAUUUACCAGUGCAAUGAUCCACAAGGUGCAGAGAUUUGUCACCCUCCUGCCACACAUUCCAUGGUGCACCUUGGUUGACACCCACUUUAAAGGUUAUUUCAUUCCCAAGGGAACAACAGUGAUUCCUCUGCUCACCCCAUGGGAGACGCCAGAUGAAUUCAACACCAACCACUUCCUUGAUGUGGAUGGGAACUUCAUAAAGAAGAAAGCAUUCCUGCCCUUCUCCACAGGGCAGAGAAACUGCACUGGAGAAAGUCUUGCGACAAUGGAGCUCUUCAUCUUCUACAGCUUGAUGCAGAAAUUCAUUUUUAAGCCUCCACUUGGGGUCAAAGAAUCUGAGCUGGACUCACCAUGA